CUCAUCAUUGUAUUCUCACUCACUCUCUCUCUCUCUCUCUUAAAUUGUUUCUCUCUCUAGAAAAACCAACAGCGAAUCCGAAUGGCGUCCCCACGUGAGGAGAACGUGUACAUGGCCAAGCUGGCCGAGCAGGCUGAGCGCUACGAGGAGAUGGUCGAAUUCAUGGAGAAGGUCGUCGGCGCCGUCGACGGCGACGAGCUCUCCGUGGAGGAGCGCAACCUCCUCUCCGUCGCCUACAAAAACGUCAUCGGAGCCCGACGCGCCUCCUGGAGGAUCAUCUCCUCCAUCGAGCAGAAGGAGGAGAGCCGCGGCAACGAGGGCCACGUCGCCGCCAUCAAGAGCUACAGAUCUAAGAUCGAGACGGAGCUCUCGUCCAUCUGCGACGGCAUUCUCAAGCUCCUCGACACCAAACUCAUCGGAUCCGCAUCCACCGGCGAUUCCAAGGUCUUCUACUUGAAGAUGAAGGGCGAUUACUACCGCUACUUGGCCGAGUUCAAAACCGGAGCCGAGCGUAAGGACGCCGCCGAGAACACUCUCUCCGCUUACAAAUCCGCUCAGGACAUUGCAAAUGCUGAGCUGGCGCCAACUCAUCCCAUCCGACUCGGAUUGGCUCUCAACUUUUCAGUCUUUUACUAUGAGAUAUUGAAUUCUCCCGACCGCGCUUGUAAUCUCGCCAAACAGGCUUUCGACGAGGCGAUUGCUGAGCUGGACACUCUUGGAGAGGAAUCGUACAAGGAUAGCACCCUAAUCAUGCAGCUUCUUCGUGACAACCUCACUUUGUGGACUUCCGACAUGCAGGAUGAUAUGUCUGAAGAGAUUAAGGAAGCACCAAAGCCUGAUAACGAGUAGCCGAUUUACGGUUUGGGUGUUCUGCUAUUGUCUCUAUAGUUCCGGAGGGAAAAAAAACAAAGUUUGCUGCUUGCAGCAAAGUAUUUAGUUUACUAGUCAGCUUCUUUUCUUUCGUGACCUACUAUUAGAUGUGUCUUUCGUCGUCCCCCUUUCAUGAAUUAUUUUUUCGCCUUUCGUUUCUUUUCGAAAAACACUUCGAUGAUGAUGUAUGAAAAUUUGCUUACAUAAUUGAUGUCCAUUUGUCCCUAUGAAAAGCAGUCCUUGUGCUUUUGAAUCUCUUCGUAUUUAAAAUUCCGGAUUUCAAAUCU